UAAUUUGUUUUAGCAAUGGCGGAUGCAGAACCAGCCGGUGGUCGUGGAGGUUUCAGGGGUGGGUUUGGAGAUAGGGGAGGAAGGGGAGGGUUUGGCGACAGAGGACGGGGCCGUGGUAGAGGGCGAGGGCGCGGCAGAGGAAGAGGGCGUGGCCGGGGUGCAAAGGAAGGCGAUAAGGAAUGGAUGCCUGUUACCAAGCUGGGGCGUCUCGUGAAGGAUCUCAAGAUCAAGAGUUUGGAAGAAAUUUAUCUCUUCUCUCUGCCAAUCAAAGAGUUUGAAAUCAUUGACUACUUCCUUCCUCCUGGCACGCUGAAGGACGAAGUACUCAAGAUCAUGCCUGUCCAGAAACAGACUAGAGCUGGACAGAGAACACGAUUUAAGGCCUUUGUUGCCGUGGGAGAUCAUAACGGCCAUGUUGGUCUGGGGGUGAAGUGCUCCAAGGAAGUCGCUACAGCCAUUCGAGGGGCCAUCAUCCUCGCCAAGCUGUCUGUGAUCCCGGUCCGACGAGGGUACUGGGGAAACAGGAUCGGAAAGCCUCACACUGUCCCAUGCAAGUUGAAUGGCAAGUGCGGUAGUGUCCGAGUACGUUUGAUCCCUGCUCCCAGGGGAACGGGCAUCGUGAGUGCUCCAGUUCCCAAGAAGCUGUUGAACAUGGCUGGUAUUGAUGACUGUUACACUGCAGCCCGUGGAUCAACCGCUACAUUAGGAAACUUUGCUAAAGCGACUUACCAGGCCAUCUCAAGGACGUACGCCUACCUGACUCCGGACCUGUGGAAGGAGACCGCCUUCACAAAGCCGCCAUACCAGGAAUUCACGGACUACUUGGCCAAGAACCAUAUGAGGGUCGCAGUGCAGAAACAGGAACAGAAAGUCUAUUAAUGUGUCAAACUGUGGACGCUUUGUAACUUGAUGAAGAGAGUUCUGUAUUAAACAGACUAAGUAAAAGAAACAAAUAUA